AAAACGCGUGUUCCUUUCAAGUUUUUCGAAUCUUUCACCUUCAGUGGUGGGAACCCAAUGGCUAUCCACAUAAAAAAUCUCAAAGUUCGCCCGAAGAAAACUCCUGUGAACACCAUGUGUGGUGCACAGCUCAGCGCUAUGUUGGGUUGUUGGGCAGCUACUGGAGAUACACACUCAGUCAGUACAUGUCAGAAUGCAGCACAGGCUUUGUUCCAUUGCAUGAGGACAACGCCAAUGCCGAAGAAAACUCAUAGACCAACCAUUAAUUACCAUUUAGCUCGUCUUGGAAAGAGAAUACAGUAAAUUCAUUUUCAACAUGCAGCUACUCUCAAAGUGCAGUUUGUCUUGUGAUUGACCCCUCCCCCCUCUAUAAUGGCCA